AUGGAUCAAUUAAAUAAAAUGGAACAGUUAAAUAAUGAAAUUAAAGAAUUUCUAUCGCCAUAUCUACCAUCUUUGAAGUCAAACGAUAUGAAUAUUAAGCGGCCUUUUUUAACAUUAACAUAUGCUCAAUCACUUAAUAGUAAAAUUGGUACAAAAACAACUUCUCCACUUAUUCUUUCAUGCUUAGAAUCAAAAACAUUAACACAUAAGCUUAGAGUAGAACAUGAUGCAAUACUAGUUGGUGCAGGGACAGUAGAAAGCGAUAAUCCAAAAUUAAAUGCACGAAUUUCUGGAUCCUCAGAACUUCAUUAUCCUCUUGAAUUACAGCCUAUUCCUAUUAUAUUAGAUCCUAAUUUCCAACUUAAAUUAACACAUGAAUCAAAAAUUAUUCACGUAGCUAAAAAUAAACAGGGGCGUCCUCCAAUUAUUCUUGUAUCAGAAGACGUUAAUUGUAAUUCAUGUUGUAAAUCAUUGAAUGCUUUAGAAUCAGUUGGGGGGGAAAUUGUUAGAGUAAAAACAAAUGUAAAUGGUAUGUUUGAAUGGCAUGAUAUUCUUUGUACACUUUUAAAAUUGAAAAUUGAAAGUGUUCUGGUAGAAGGAGGUGCAAGUGUAAUAUCUUCACUAUUAAAAGAAUGGAAAUUAAUUGAUUCGAUUAUAAUUACAAUAUCACCAAUAUUUGUAGGAGAUAAUGAUGGCAUCGGUAUUGAAGGAAUUAAUAGUCUUUGUAAAGUCAGAAAUAUAUCAUGGAAAACUUUUGGCAAAGAUAUCGUUUUUGCCGGAAACUUAUCCCUUUAAACUUAAUAAUGAC